AUAUGUCACAGCUCACAAGGACAGAGAGAGAGAGACCCCAUUAUAGAGAGUCUUUAACUUCUUUCAUGUGAAACAGUGACUUUGCAGAAACCCCCAGAAGCAAUGCAGACCUUUUGUUGUUUCUCCCUCUUCUUCAUCCUCCUCCUGCUAUCAUGCGCACCUUCCCCUCUAUCCUACGCCUCCUCCGCCCUCAAUCUCGGCCGUCGUCACCUCUCCGACAACGACGACGCAGGAACUCUACUCACUCCUGCUUCACCCAUAAGUCCCCCUUUCUUCCCUCUCGAGUCCUCAGCUCCUCCUCUUCCUCCUCCGCCGCCUCCGCCCACCUUCGCCGCCUUCCCGACUUUUCCCGCCAACAUCUCCGCCUUAGUACUCCCCCGCUCUCCCAAACCGCAUUCCACUUCCCCUGCUCUUCUCGUCCCCGCUAUCUCCGCCGUCCUCGUUGUCGCAACACUUAUCGGCGUAGGUUUGUUCCUCUACGGCCGGUGGAGAGGGCAGAACCGUCAUUUCAAAGACACUACUAGUACCACUCGUGGUAGCGGUAGUAGUAGUCAUAGGAGCCAUGGGUAUGAUGAAGAAGAAGAAACGAGACACGUCAUCACCAACAACUUCUCUGUUUCCGCGUCUUCUCCAACCUCUGAGGUUCUAUACCUCGGAGGAGAUGAACCCGACCGUGUUAUAACCAGUUUCGUCAAGCCUCCCGAGUCUCCCGAGAUACGCCCUCUCCCACCCUUGCCUCGUAGCUUCCAGCCUAGCUACGAAGCUGAUCUUCACUCUGAGAGAAACGAAGACCAAGACGAAGAAGAAGAAGAAGAGUUCUUCUCACCUCUUGCUUCUUUGUCUUGCUCCCCGAACUCAAGUCCAUCUCGCUCCGGGUUCGAGCAAAGCUCCUGCGCCUCCUCCACCUCCGGCUGGGUUUCUCCGGCAAGGUCGUUCACCAUGACUCUGUCUCCAGUCCAACAGCAGCGCUCGUUCAGUAGACUCUCAGACGUCUCUUCCGAUCGUAACCUUCAUUCUCCUUCCCCGGAGAGGCUAAGAGUGAGGAACAACAACGGACACGUGUCGUCUUCUUCUCUGAGAAUGUUCAGCUUCUUUAAUCAGAACCUGAGCUUCCCUCGGAUCUCCUCUGCUUCCACCUCCCCUGAGAGAGGAGGUUUCGUGCGGACGCCUCUCUCGUCUCUCUACUCGUCUGUUUCGAACUCCCCCGACGGGUUGUUCCGGAAGUUUAUAAACAGCUCGCCGCCGGUUUGGAACGACUUUAGCCGGAAUGUGAAGUCCGUGUUGCUCUCCUCUGAGUCGGUUUCGUCGAGAAGGGACUUUGUUAUCAACAUCGGUGGCCAAGCAGCAGCAGCAGCAGUAACAGCUCCUCCGACCAGACCGCCUCCUCUUGUCCCACCUUCACAGUCUUUUGUGGUUCAGAAUGAUGUUAAAAAACCAUCCUUUUCGGACAAACUCGGACCAGGUUCUUGUCAGAACACCGCUUGGGAUUGUCUUAAAACGAGCUCAUUCAAAUUGAACAAAGAGAUUGUAGAGACUCUGUUCAUCUCAAACUCGUCAAGUCCAAACAUAAACCAGAGAGGACUGACCUAUGAUCUUCCCACUCAAAGCGAAGUUUUCUACCACAACAUUGCUACUCGCCUUCAACUUCUUAACUUGACCACGAAGGAUGUUUGUAACGCUCUUCUUGAAGGUGACUCUGAUGCACUUGGAGCUGAGCUUCUUGACUGUCUAUCGAGACUGGCACCUAGUAAAGAAGAAGAGAGGAAGUUGAGGAGCUGUAGUGAUGAUGAUUCAGCGAUUAUCAAGCUUGGUCCAGCUGAGAGAUUUCUUAAGGAAUUGCUUCAUGUGCCGUUCGUGUUCAAACGGGUUGAUGCUUUGCUCUGUGUAGCUAACUUCAACUCCGAGAUUGAAUACCUCAGACGAUCUUUCAGUGUUGUGCAGGCUGCUUGUGAAGAAAUAAGGAACAAUAAAAUGUUCUCUAGACUUCUGGAAGCGAUACUCAAGACAGGAAACAAGAUGAGUGUUGGAACAAACUCUCAUGCUUUUAAAUUCGACACGCUCCUCAAGCUCGCUGAGGUCAAGGGACUAGAUGGGAGAAGCACCGUCUUGCAUUUCGUUGUUCAGGAGAUGAUAAAAUCAGAAGGCUCUGUGAAAGUUUUGGACCGCAUUAGAAACCUGAGCUCAGAGAUGGACACGGUGAAGAAGUCGGCUGACGUUGAGUAUGGUGUUCUAAGAAGCGGUGUGUUGAAGCUUUGUCAAGGAAUCAAGAACAUCAAGGAGCUUCUGAUGCUGAGCGAAGAGAGUGGAUCUUGUGGAGAGCAGUGGCUGAAGUUCGAGGCUAAGAUGGCUCGGUUCUUGGAAACUGCUGCAGGGGAGAUUCUGACGAUCAAAGCACAAGAGGGCUCAACGCUGUCUGCAUUGGAAGAGGUCACAGAGCUAUUCCAUGGAGGUUCUGUCAAAGAAGAAGGUCACACACUGAGAGUUUUCAUGGCUGUGAGAGACUUCCUGACAACUCUUGACGAAGUAUGUAACGAAAUGGGAGAUAGAUUCUCAUCUUAAGAUUUCAAAAAUGUAGUUGAAGUAGAUGAUCAACGAAGUUCUUUGUUAGGAAGUAGCCUUCAGUUUUCUGUUAUCUCUAAAAUGAGAUACCUCUAAACUAAUAAGGGUAUCUUGCAAUCUGUUGUAACCUGCACUGUUUUAGCUUCAAGUAGGCAUUAGAUGGAUGGAUUUUAAGACAUUUCUUGUACUUUUUCAGGCUUGAAGCAAGCAUUAGAUGUAUGGAUUUUAAGACA